GGGACAGUGUGAUAAGGACCGCACAGACCUGCCAAGUGAAAUGAACAGCUUCCUCGCUGUCUCAGUGGUCCCGGUGAGGAAUCGGGACCCCCGGCCUGUCUUAACCCAAGAGCUUGGGGGUGGGCCGGGGGUUGCCGGGGGGGCAUCGCUUCAUUGUUCCAGAGACCCGCGACCUUUCCAGCGGAGGGGGGGCUGCCUGCGUGGGAGGCUCAUUUCCGAUGAUUGUUGGAGGGCUUUGAAAAAGUUGAGGGUGGGAGCGGGGUGCACGGGAGGGGACUGGGAGAAGGGACGGGGCUUCUGGAGCGGGGCGGGGACUUUCCGCGCGUCUCCGACUCCUUUAAAACAAAUCGCGACCCUGGAGAAAGCCUCAGAUGGUCCUUUGGCAGCUACGCAUCAAGUGCGGUGAGCGACCGAGCAUGACCGCGAUGGCACCGGUGGUUCUGCUCGUGGUCCUGUCGGCAGCGGCAUGCGGCGACAUCAGAGCCAGAGACCCCGAGGUGGAGGAGGAGCCCCAUCAGGUUACGGGCCACAGCAACGCGCAACGGCUGCUGAACAUGGUGCGCGGGGGUCAAUCCCAUCCGCAGCCGCACCAGGGGCCUGCUUACGAUCCGGCAGAGCGCGGACGCCUCCCGGAGGACUCCAAGUGCUCCCCUCACAGUCUCCGGGACGAGCCAGGAGCCCCGACGGGGGAGGAGACCCCACACUCUCCGGCUCGCAUCGGGAACUGGUGUGCCUAUGUCCAGCAUCGCAUGGUGACCAUGGUAGUGUCCUGCGGCAUGGAGAAGUACACCAUCAAGUCCCAGAGCCCCUGCCCCAUCGGCACACCUGACUGCCAGCUGGUCAUGUACAAGCUGUCCACGCGGCCAGUGUACAGGGAGAAACAGAAGAUGGUCACGGUAUUACUUUGGAGAUGCUGCCCUGGUUACGGAGGAAAGAACUGCGAGGAUGCAGUCGCACAGGGCCACGUCUUGGAACCCAGCAGCCACACCGCAGGAAGCCCCCGCCCAGGAGGGCCUGGGUCCCGCUACGCAGGUGAUGAGAGGCUGACCCAACUGGCUAAGGAGCAGAAUGACUUCCAGCCUUCCGGAGGGCCUGAGGAAGAGAAUGUCACAGUUUCAAUCCCUAAACCCGAUCACCACCAUCACCAAGAUCAUACUCACAUCCAUGGUGACAGGGGCCACAAAGUAGAUCCUGUACAUCUUCCUGUUGACAUCACAAAAGUACUGAUGGCCCAGAUCCAACCCCUGCUAGAUGGCUUCAACCAAACCCUACAGCGCCUCUCUCAGGAGGUUGGAGACCUUUCUCGGGACCUGGCUGAGCUAAAGCAGGGUCGUGAACACCACAGGCCACAGGAGGAGCCACCCGGUGUGCAUGGGGUCUUUAAGGCCAAACUGGAUGACACCAUCCAUCAGAUUGACCAAAUGAAGGCGACAUUGAACUUGCGUCAGGAAGAGCUGGAGGACAGACUCCACUCCCAGCAAGCCAUGCUGCACCAGAACUUGUCAAACUUUAAGAUGGAGACAGACGGCAAGAUCAAACGCACCCAGAAACUGUUACAGGUCAGUCUUCAGUCCCUCAAUGCCUCCUUGGCUGAGGUGAAGCUAGACCAGAAGCAGCUGGAGGAGAAGGUGCAGAGAGAAAGCAGCGAUAGGGACAGCAUAAGUCCAAGCCAGCUCCUGGAAGGGCCAGCAAUGUGGGAGGCCAUCGACAGAUUAGAUAACAAGGUAGUCAACAACACAGUAGAGCUCAGUGCCCUGUUGGAAGAUUUGGACCUGGUUAAACGCAACAUCCUUGGCCUGCAAAGACGACACCACGACCUAGAGGAAAGCAUUGCUGAGACCGGGCGCAACAGCCAGAUCCAAUUCAUGGAAACAGGGCUGGAGGUGGAGGCAGCCAAAGUGGAGGUGUUGAACCAGAUAGAUGAGCUGGCCAACAACAUCACCAUCCAUGAGAAGCUGCUGCGAGAAAUUGAAGAAGAUGUGGAUUACCUAUUCCGGCACGUACACAAGAAUACAAACGCCACAGUUUGUGACUGUAAGGUCAUCACCAGUGCCCUGUCCAAACUGGAGCAGGAAGUGGCCAAUGUCACAGAGGUGGCCAAGGAAAACAAGCUUGCCCUGGAGGAAAACACAGAGGUGCAGGACCACUGGGAUAUGGGCUGUUGUAACACGGUAGAGGAAAUCCGUGAAGGUCUGCUUCAGGUCCAGAAGACUCUGACCUUCGAGCAGAUGAAGAGUCAGUCCAUGGAUAACAGUUUGACAGACCUGAAGCAUGGCUUCAUGGGGAGUCAGCAGGAUCUCCACAGACUGGAGGAAAUGGACAAAGUGAAAAAAGAAAAGGUGGAGGAGCUCUCCAGUGACUUCAAAACGCUUAUGAAGGAUGCCAUUCGGCACUCAGAGAUCCUGGAGGUCCUGUUGGGGGAGGAGGUGCUUGAAUUUAAGGACCGGCCAUCCCACGAGCAGGAGAUGUACUCCAUCCCUGUGCUCCAGAGCAGAAUCCAACACCUGCAUGAGCAGAUCAGGAACCAGAACCUCAGCAUGCUCUAUCUGAGGAAUUCAAUCCAGGCAGAGGACCCAGACACGUAUGGGCCAUCAGCACCAACAGAUGGGUCGACCAGAGGGCUAAAGAGGAGGAGCAAGGAUGAGAGAGGGGAAGAUUCUUUAGACUCCCCAGUGGAAAACCACCCUGGCCCUUCCGCCUAUGACCUCCUGGGCCUUGAGAAAGAGGUGGAGGAGCCACGAGCCGAGUCAAGCAGCGUGAAGGAGCAGCGCUGCCUCCCUUGCUGCAACUGCACCGAUAAGAGCUCCCCCUUGAGCCGCAUGGCAGUUCUGCAGUCCGAAGUGGCCGUGAUGCGCGGCGCUCUGGAAGACCACUUGCGUCUCUUCAAAGAUGUCUUCAUCAACGCGGAGGCUCUCGCAGACUCCAGCGAUGCCUUGGACCUCAGCCAGCUGCGGAACAUGGUCAAGAGGAAAGAAGAUAAACAGGGGAGGAAUCACAAAGAGAAGAAAGACCAGGCAAGAGGAGGUCAUGGCAGAGGGAAGAUAGCUUUGCACAGCAAGAGGGACGCCUCUCCGGCCAGAGCUGGUCAGGAUUGAGGACUCAUUGAAACUCCUUCCACGCUGUUGCUAAGCUCGGCACAAAAUAAAUACAAAGUCAGAGCAGGAAAUGCCAAGCACAACAGAAGCGUUACGCAAACCAAGACAAACAACAGCCCACUCACUGCUUCACUGGGGGUGGGCUUUGCGUAAGGCUGGCUCAUGUGUGAACUGCAGGCUCUUUCCGGUCACCGAACGUUCAUGUGACAUAAACACUUGUAUCUGUGUAUCAUAAGAUUUCAUUCCGUGAUUUAAUUCAAUUUUUUUUUUUUUUUCGGAAUGUUUUCUUCAU